CAAAGAUAAAGUUUCUCAAAACAUUUUACAUCUUUUUAUAGUAUUAUUUUAUUAUUCGUCCUAAUAUUCUUAUUAUAAAUACUGCUAAGGGGUAUCAAACUAACAAGCUAGUAUAUAUCCUAUACUAUUAUUUUAUAAAUUAUUAUACAUUAAUAUAAGUUGUAACAACUUUUGCAGUAGGAGAUCAAAAUUUCCCCAGAAGCUCCCCCUCUCUCUCUCUCUCUUGAUUUGGCUUAUACUUAAUCAAGUAGAGAGUAGAACCUCAAAAAGUUUGUAUGUCAAGGUCAUUCUCAAGAGCUUGAAAGAAGAAGGAAAAAAAGUAAAGCGAAAGUGAAAAGACAAAAGAAAAGGUCGAGAGAGAAAGUAAAAUAAACGAAUUAGAGGAGAGAGCGAAGUCGAUCAUUUAAAUCUUUUGUAUCAGGAAAAGAUAUUAUUUUCUUUUAUUCUUUUGUUUUGUGAAAGAGAUAUGAAUGAAGGGAUUGUGCAGAGCUCUUCGGUGCAGCAAAUGGUGGGCGCCGGCAGCAACAACUGGUUUACCACCAACUCUUUGUUAGCUGCGACGUCGCCGCCGCCCAAUCACACCCCUCACCACUCAGCGCCACCGCUCUCAUGGGCUGUCUCUCAGGAACUUCCACACUCAUGGAGCCAACUAGUCUUAGGGUUUGGUGGAGAAGAGGAUAAGGGUGGGCUUAACCAUAUGCAGCUGAAAAAUGUGGAGAAUUGGGAGCAACAACUUGUCAGUAAUAGCUCAAUCAGCUCCGCCGACGCCAAGAGAGAAAACUCCGCGGCCAGCUACGCUUACGGCGCCGGAAAUCUUGAAUUCACGGCGACAUCAACCAACUGCUUGUCUCCUCCCAAAUCUUGUGUAACUACUUCCAGCAUGUGCACCGACAUGUUUGGUUUCUCUAGCAAAUCAUCCGAGAUUUUGAUGAAGUGCAACGGUGGGGCUGCUAAGAAAUCGAAGAUGAAUCCAACAACUUCAGCCCAAUCUGGCAUCAAGGUGAGAAAAGAAAAAUUGGGGGACAGGAUUACAGCCCUUCACCAGCUAGUGUCCCCAUUCGGCAAGACUGACACAGCUUCUGUGUUGCUGGAAGCAAUUGGAUACAUUAGAUUCCUUCAACGUCAAAUUGAGGCCCUAAGCCUACCGUACUUGGCCACUGGAUCAGGGAACAUCACCCACCAACAACCUGUUAAAAGGGAGAGUGGGAGCUGUCUAUUCCCAGAGCACCCUGGCCAGCUUCUCAAUGAGAGCCAGAGAAAAAGGAAAGCUAUUUCUGAAGAGGAAUGUGAUGAAGAGGCAAAGAAGGAUUUAAAGAGUAGAGGGCUGUGCUUGGUUCCAUUAUCAUGCACAGUUGAUUUUGGGAGUGAAAAUGGAGCUGAUUAUUGGGCUCCAUCUUUUGCUGGGAAUUUUCAAUAAUUUAAGUAUUAUUGUAAUAGCGAGAGGGAACUACAAUGAACUUAGUAAUUAAAUGACGUGACAUCAUAAGCAGUCAGUCCUUAAAUUUCAUGAGAUUGACUGCUUAUGAUGAUAUGCAUUUUUUUAAAAGUUCAGAUUAGGUGGAAUAUAAUGUGUCAUGUUGCACGUGCUUCAAUUAACCAUAUAGUAUAAUUUAGAAUUCGUGGUGGGAAUAUCUUAUGUAUAAUUGUGUUUCCCACAUCUUAAUGCAGUGAAAAGGCUCUUGUAAUA